UCCGGUGACCUCACUUUCCUCUUUUCUUUUUUUUUUAUUUUCCUUACGGUUCCGGCGUCGAUCCGCCGCCCAUGUUCCCUUCGGCAGACGACGUCGACCUCCUCCCCUACGCCUCCCGGCCGAUCGCGGAGCGGCCGUGGAAGGAGGCCGCCCCCAACUGCCCCCGCUGCGAUUCGCCCAACACCAAGUUCUGCUACUACAACAACUACAGCCUCGCCCAGCCCCGCUACUUCUGCAAGUCCUGCCGCCGCUACUGGACCAAGGGCGGCUCCCUCCGCAACGUUCCCGUCGGCGGCGGAUGCCGCAAGAACCGCCGCACAAAAUCUUCUUCUUCGUCUUCUUCCUCCUCCUCUACCGUAUCUCCUCCUACCAUCCCCUUUCGUCGCCCGGAUCUGAUGCUAAACGACGUCGCCUUGGACUCCGACUCGGCCUCCGCCUCCGCCUCCAGCGGCAACAUCGACCUGGAGGCUCUAUACGCCAAGUACACCAGCCAGCGCCCUCCCGAUCUGGAUCCCGUACCUCCGGCGGUGGCCACGUCGAGCGAGUCGAGUUCCAGAAACUACCAACUCGGCGGCGCACAGAUCGCUCAGCCACCGCCCGACUGUGACGGUGGAAUGCUGGGUCAGGCCCAGUUUGAGCCCAAUUUUGAAUUCACGAGCCCAAUUUUGGAGGAAUUCGAAUUGAUCCAUCAUCCGGAUUUUCUAUUGAACGGCGAUGAUUGGAGCUCAUUGGAGGCUUUUUAUAAAUACUAGGUUCACGAUUUCACUCGUUUUACCCCAUCUCAUGUAAUUUUCAAAUAUAUUUAUACACAUUUAUUUCCUUAAAAAGGGGGAAAUAUAGAGAAUUAAUAUAUUAUCUCAAAUACAAAUAAGUGAAUAAUAAAUU